AUGGCUCAGAGGUAUUGGUUCUGGCAGAGGGUGCCACCACAUCGAAUGGAGACGGCCAUAGUGAAGAAGAUCAUGCAGAUGGCGAGCAAGAAAUGGACUGCCAUUUCCAUGCCGGAGUGGAGGACAACCUCAGCAAUCGUCAUGGGAGGCAUUAUACUUGCGUUCCUCUUCGAGUAUAUUGGUCAUCGAAUCAUUCUCGCUCGCACAAAGCCUCGACCAGAGGAUCAUAGCUCUGGCAGUGAGGAAACGACGACGGAUCUUGGAAAAGAAGAAGACGCAAAUCCAGGAGCAAAAGCUGUUGCAGGGCCCCCAGCUCCAGCAUAUAAACCAAACAAUCUCACGAAUCUGGGCCACAACCAUGGCAAUCCCCUGGAUCCAACCAACCCUAACUCCAAACUUUCAGUCAUGGUUAUGGAGGCUGGAAUUCUGUUCCACAGUGUUCUUAUUGGUCUGACAUUGGUCGUCGCUGGCGAUUCGUUCUACAAGACUCUAUUGGUUGUGAUAGUUUUUCAUCAAUUCUUCGAAGGCCUAGCUUUGGGAGCGCGUAUUGCUUUACUGCCAACCAAAUUUGCCAGAUUCUGGACCACUAAGUUUCCCAUGGCGGUGGCAUUCACUCUCAUCACUCCUCUGGGAAUGGCAAUUGGACUCGGUGUUAUCAACAACUUCAACGGCAAUGAGAAGAGCACAAUUGUGGCUAUCGGGACGUUGGAUGCACUCAGCGCAGGCAUACUUAUUUGGGUAGGAGUGGUUGAUAUGUUGGCAAGAGAUUGGAUACUGGAUGGUGGUGAAAUGCUUCACACUAGUGUGGGAAAGACUCUGGUCGGUGGCGUGAGUCUACUCGCCGGUAUGAUCCUGAUGAGUGUGCUUGGUAAGUGGGCUUAG